CAUUUGGACCAAUGAGGCUCAGAGAUCCUUUUAUCACAUGUCUGUGAGGUCUCCUCCUCACUCUAUGGAGGCUGAGCCCAGCCGUCCGGCUAAUGGGGAGCGCUCUGGAAGGCAAGUAUCACAGCAUGUAACGGCUGAAUCUUCAUUAGGAACCUGUCCACCUCAGCAACCCCAGCAGCCUCCCAAUCCUCGUCCUGUACACAGAGCCCUGGGCCGCUUACAAAAUCGGCAACCCAAACGUACUGACCUGCUUCGGUUACAGCAACAACAAGCAGCAGCAUGGCAACACUCAGACACACCAGGUCCCUCAGGGGGCAGUUUUUUCUCUACAACUUCAUCUGCAACCUCAUCCCUCCCUUCUACUUCCUCCACCCAGGGUGACCAUGGUCAUGGAGUGCCAUUGCACUCCAGUCAAGAGGGUCUAGAAGGUCUUAGCUCACCCAGAAAAGGGGAGAAAAAAACACAAAAACCAGGGAAAUAUGUGUGCUCUUAUUGUGGCCGGCCAUGCGCCAAACCAAGUGUUCUUGAGAAGCACAUACGUUCUCAUACAGGAGAAAGACCCUACCCUUGUGGUCCCUGUGACUUUUCUUUCAAGACCAAGAGCAAUCUCUACAAGCACCGCAAGUCCCAUGCCCAUCGCAUUAAAGUAGGUCUUGCAACCAGUCGUGAUGAGCCAAGUUUGAGUGGACCUGAGGGUAGUAGUGUUGGAGAAGAUCCUGAAGAGCACACAGAGGGAGAAAGCACUGAGUCUGAGGAAGAAACAGGCCAGCACAGAAAAUCGUCCUCUAAAGAGAUGCUCCGACAGCAGAAAAAAGGAAGUAAGGAGCGGCUGGGAGGCUCGGAGGAGAGCCAAAGACCUGAGGACUCCCAGGCUGUCAAACAAAGAUUGGCACUGAGACUUAGUGAAAGGAAACGAGGCCCCUUGGUCUCUCCAGAUGACCCUCCCUCCUCCCUUUCGACCUCGUCCUCCUCCCUUGGCCCUGGUAGUAAGGGCAGCACAGAGUCUGGUUACUUUUCUGGAUCCGGCAGUACUGACCUGUCCCAAGUUAGUCCACCUAGUUCGAGUGCCAAAACCUAUGCAGAAAUUAUUUUAGGAAAGUAUGGAAGGCUGGGAGGGCAGCAGCGCAAUCCCCACCAGCAACAACUUCAUUCUUCACAUUCCUCAUCUUCAAGAAUUGAGGAAAAGAGCAUUCCUUUUGCGGUGCCCAAAACUCAAGUAAUAGAACACAUUACCAAGCUUAUUACUAUCAAUGAAGCAGUUGUAGACACGAGUGAGAUUGACAGUGUCAAGCCCAGACGUUCUUCUCUGUCCAGAAAGAGCAGUACAGAGUCACCCAAAUUUAUUGCACCUAGAGAUCCUUAUGCAUUUGAUCCAAAAAUAGAAACUGUAGGAACCAGUGGUUUGAGACACUUCCAGAACCCUGAGGCAGAUCCAUUGGGAAUGCAGGAGCUGUCAGCAGUGCCUCUUCAUAGAAGUCACUCGUUACCAUCAUCUACUAGUCAAGAAGACCCCUUCACCUCAGUCGCCAUGUCUCCAAGAUGUUAUGGCCUUAGUCAGUCAUUUGAUGAGCAACAAGCAGUGGUAGCAGAGAUGAGAGGUGUCCAACGUACACUCAGACGCCAACCUGCCAUAGAGGUUCCUCUUGGAGCAGAAGUAAUGUUAGAGGAGGCCACUCCCACAUCACUGUCUUUCUCAUCAACAAGUACUGAAUCAGCCAAGCAGUCACAACAGCAGCAAAAGAGUCCACAUAUACUUGAAUGUUCAGUAUGUGACUCCUGCUUUCAUCGCAGUGAAGACUAUGAAGUUCACAGAGGUAUCUGUCCUGGAAGAGAACAAGAGGUCGGGCAUGCAACUAAAGUAAGCAGGGAUGACCGGCCUCUGUUGAUGCACUCUAAGUUCCGAGCACUUGCCAUGGCUGUAAGGAAGAGAAGGAAAGAGGAGAGCCUGGAGGAAGAUCCUCCUAGCCCUGGAACUGUACCCAUGCCAUGCAGUUCUACAAGUCUCAUUUCAGUUCAAAGCAGACCAGAGCAGAGCCAAUCACUUUCAGGUGCUACUUUACAGACUGAGCCAAACAAGAAACAGCAAGACAGGAAGGGUGUUUCUGUCAUCCAACACACUAGCUCUUUUGAGAAACAGGAGAGUGUAUCUAUGGAAAGCAAGGAACUGGACCUCAGAAAGAAUCAGCCAACACAACAGCCUGAGCCAAAACCAUCCCCACCCACAUCACGCCUCGUCCGUCAGCCAAACAUCCAAGUGCCGGAGAUCUUUGUUACUGAGGAACUUGAUGCUGACAUGCCCUCUUUGUCACCCCCAGUGAGAGCUUCCUCAUCUAAGCAAGUGAACUUGCACAACAGUUUUAUCUGGAUGUCCUUCCUGAUGUUACCACAGACCAUGGAGCUACCGCAGCCCACGUGUGGAGCAGAGGGGCUUCCAUAG